AUGGCCAAAGCCAAAGCGAGUCCGCCGGAGCAUGGCGAGAAUCCCUGCAGCGAAAAUGGUGUAAUGUGCAUGCAGAGAACGGUGGCACCGGAGCCUUCAAAGGCAUCGCCUUUCCUUCUGCUGCCUGCAGAGAUCAGACUGCAGAUAUACAGCUACUUCCUCCUUCCUCCUCCCAAGAGUCCUGAUGAGUUGACCACACAUGUGAAGGAUCAUGAGAAUGCUGAUGGAAAGGGAGAAUAUGGAUCUGCGGAUGUGGACAGAAACGAGGAGGUGGGAAAUGACGGUAAUAUAACGACACUGGAAACCCGAAUCCUUUUCAAAACCCGGAGAAGCCUUACGCUUGUCUGCCGCGAGAUUGCCAAGGAGUGGGUGCCACUGUUCUUUCGCUCAUCGACCAUCGACGUGGACCCAGUAAAGGAGGACUUGGAGAAUUGGCUGGCGGAAGACAUGCCCAUGCCCCGUGCUCGCCACGGCAAAGGUCUCAGAGAGUUUGAGACCAAAUUCCUGCGGACUCUCGACGUGUCUAAGCUCCACAACGUCAGAAGACUGACGUGCAACGCCUAUAUCUGGUACAUUAAUUGCAAUUAUGUGGCGACAAGCAGACCAUCAUCCGUCAGUCUCGCGCGGAUCCGAAGCUUCGGCGAGGUCCUCGACCGGUACAAAGAUGCAAUGCAAUCUCUAGCCGAGGUGGUCAUUUUUGAUUGUCGCGAGGGGCUCUUACCGGGUAUGGAUGACUUAGAGGUCAGCAAGCCUGACACUGUGCGCGGAAUAAACAACGACGAUGCACGAAGCAUCUGGACGGCCACAAACGACCGACGCACAUGGGACAAAAUCGUCGACGAGUUGCAGAGUGGCAAGUGUGCCCUGUUCCGGGGCUGGAAAGUCAACAAACACGUCAGCUUGAUCAAACAGCCCAUAGAGAACUUCUUUCAAAACGACCCGACCUUUUCCCACGAGGGGCACCAGGGGGAUUUUCGUUUCUUGGUCAUCGCUGUUCAAGUAACCUUCCGCAAGAUGGGCGACACGCACUCCGAACAGAUUGGAUCCACGGAAAUGAUGACUGUGUCCUAUGCUGCGAACUACGAUUAA